AUGGUGGCUGAAGUGCCUGUCAUAAUUUUAUUAGAGAAAUUACGGAAGCUGCAGAUUGCCGAUGAAAGAGUAAGGCCUCCAGAACUGAGAGCUGCAGUGGUCACUGCAGUCAAUGAACUAAGACAUAUUUUUAGCUUCCUCACGAAGCCAAACCAAACGAACAUCACCGAAAAUUUGAAGGGGCUGCUAGACUCUAUUUAUUCCGCAGACAACACCACCGAAAGUGUCCUAACUACAGUACAAGGGAGACGAAAGGGCGUCACUGAAACAAAAUUACUGGAGGAGUUCAGGAGGAGCUUCGGCAAAGUAUCCGUUGAAUUUUACAAGUUCGGCCCUCAUGAUCUGCCAAACGAGAACGUUGAUCCAAUUACUGUUGUGUCGGAACAAGCAGGCUUCCAAUAUGAUCAAGAGCUGUAUGUUCUCACUGGACGUGAAGAAGAGGAAAAGGAACUGGUACGACGACUUAUCAAAGACGACGAGAAAUGUCUCCGUGCAAUUGCGCUGGUUAGUGAAAAAGAACUUGGCAAGACAGCUCUUGCAAGGACUGUUUAUAAUAAACCAGUCAUUCGGCAGCAUUUCCAGUGCCGUGCCUGGGUUCAUAUUCCCAAAGAUCUUGAAUGUAAGGAUCUCUUGAUUAUCAUAUUAAGAACGAUUCCAGAUUGCGUAUUGCAGGGCAUUGAGCUUUGGGACGAAUCCAAACUGACUGCUAAGCUUGUGGAGAGUCUGAUGAAGCACAGAUUUCUAGUAGUCUUGGAUAAUGUCUUCCAGGUUGACAUCUGGCACAUGCUCGCACGUUCAUUUGCGGACGCUAGGAAUGGAAGUAGGGUCAUCCUCACAACUCGCCUCUCUGAUGUAGCAAUGGAUGCUGACCCAUGGAGCAGUCCGAUGAAACUGGCGCCGUUGACUCCUCAGAAAAGUUGGGAGUUUUUCUUGAAGAAGGCAGGCAGAGAAGAUAAUUCAGACUUAAACGAGUUCAUGGAUAAAAUUUUGAGGGUAUGUAAUGGUUUUCCUGCAGCAAUCCUCCUAUUAGGAGGACUGUUGUCAACCAUACAAUUAAGUGAGUGGGCAGAAGUAAUUAAUCAUGUAGCCGGUGAAGAUCAAUCAACUCCCUCAAAUAUUGUAGACUGGAGCUAUCAUAAGCUACCAUGUGUACUAAAACCAUGUUUCCUUUAUUUGACUAUUUUUCCUAAAGCGUAUGAGAUCCCCAUACGGAGGUUGUUACACUUGUGGCUUGCAGAGGGAUUUGUUCCAAUAUCAUCUGAGGCGAACGAUGUCAAUGUGGCCAAGAAAUAUUUCGAUGAACUAGUCCGUAGAAACAUGAUCGAAAUACAAAGAUGGAAGCCAGAUGGAACCCCCAAAACAUGUCUUAUGCCAUGUUAUCUCUAUGAUGUGUACUUGCCAAAAGCUGAGGAUAUAGGAUUUCUUCAUGUCUCGCAUGGGAAGUCAGAUACAUCUGAAGGCUCAAUUAUGUUUAAUAUUCAGAGACUUGCACGUCGAUUUGGCAACGAUUCUAGUGUAGAAUCUCAUAUUGAACAUCUUCGCUCGUAUGUUUCUUUUAACGAUCAAAAAGUAAAUAGAUCCAGCAGAGAAAUUGCGAGGUCGCCCAAAAAACUAAUCACUGAGACAGGUUCUUCCCCGCUGAAGGUGCUUGAUCUAGAGGGUGUCUACAAACCUAUGACACCUAGUAAACUUCGGGAGCUACAGAAUCUAAGAUUUGAAGUAUACCAAUAUAACCACUCUGCCAAGUUCAAUCUGGAAGGCAAAGAACCUGCGACAUCUCUAUAUGAAUGA